UUACUAUAAAUGUAUGUCAGUUGUAGAUUGCUGUACGGCAUUCAGUGUAUUUCUACCUAGAUUAUUUUAUUUUCAGGCUACGCUUAUGAAUAUAGCACAAUCUGAGUUAGCAAAAUAGUAUAAUUUGUCGAUUAUCAAAUUUGUAUGCAGACAAAGUUUAUUAGAGCAUGAUAUGAAUCGUUGUUCACAAUAUAGAUAAUUCAUGAGUUUGUUUGCACCUUCGCAAAAAUUAUUUAGAGCUGUUAUAUAAUGCUAUCGUAUUUUUAGAUUAGAUAUAACACCUUGAUAAUUAUUCUAACUAUAUAUCUACAUAAGUUUCAAAUUCAGAUAUUUAUUUUCGUCGUGCAUGAAAUAUUGUACUAUUAAACAAAGAACACAAAAAAUAAAUAUAGUUAAAACAAAGAUAAAGACAAUAUUUCGAUUGCAAUUGACGAGGAGCCGCGAAAUUUCUUUACCAUAUCACACCCUGAUGAGGUUUUCUGCAUGGAAAUUCGAAACGACAAAUUACAUCGUUUUGCUAACAUCGGUUUUGCUUUUUUUAUUCUCAUCAGCCACUUAUUUAUCAACUAAGAAGCUAAUCAUAGGCGAAAGUGGAGUAACUGAACAAUCAUACGCGAACGAGAUAGUGAAAAAUAACAAAUGUCUGAAAAAUAUUAUAUUCCCUUUCGAGCCAUAUCCGGAGUUACUUUGGUUUAAAAUUUUUUAGGUAGAUAAUGACAGUUCAGUACAUAUUGCAGUAAAGAUAAACAAAAGAGAUAGCGAUGAGAGACCGCCGACUUAUCGAUCUAGCGGCAUGUAUCCUUCGCUUUGACUCAAUAGCGUGUCCCAUCAGUAAUUAAUUAAUAACUCGCUAAUUAUGCGACAUAAUUCAUUCAAAAUCAAUAUGCUUUUAGUCCGAAAUAUAAUUAAUGCACAUGCAAAAUUUGGAGCAGAUUCAGCCUUGCUUUCGUGAGAUAUCGCGUGUCUACUCAGACAGACAAACAAACAAACAGACAAAUAUCCAUCAACAUACUUACCGAUCAAAAUCGAUGAUUAACAAUAAUCAUGAAAUAUAAUCAGAAGGGGCGGCAAGAUUCCAAGGUCAACCCUUUUUUUGCCAACUGACUCUUCUUACGCGGCCUCUCCUUACAAUGUUGUAACUUGCCUAUAUAUACGAGAGCGCAGUGGAGGUGCGUUUCCGUAUACUCACACAGUUCUUAGCUUUUAUAAACCAAGUCCCAUACGAGUUCAUUUUGCUAUUUGUGUAUAAUAUUUUUCAUUUACAGAUUGUUAUGAUAAAAUGAGCUUAAACAAUAAUUAGAUGAAUCAAUCUGAUAAUAUGUCAAUUAAACACGGAUAUAAUAAGGGAAGUGAGAUGACGACACACGGCCACACUGGGGUAAAAGUUGAAACAGAAAGCGACGAUUCCUAUUUGUCGACUUCACUUCCCAGCCUUAAAAGGGUCAAAGUUGAAAGGGUAAGGGACGAUUCUGAAGGGACGAAUUCAUUUCCCAGUUAUUCUACAGUCAGCAUCCAAAGCGUUUAUUCAAUUGCGGCGAAUUCACUUAACAGUCAAUCAGGGGCCGGAGUCGAAAGGGUAAGCGACGAUUCCGAUGUGGCGAGUUCAUUUUACAGUCAUUCUAAGGUCAAAGUUGAAAGGGAAAGCGACGAUUCCGAUGGGGCGAGUACAUUUAACAGCCAUUCUAGAGCCAGAUUCGAAGAGCAAAGCGACGAUUCCCGUGUGGCGAAUUCAAAUAACAGAUAUUCUAGGGUCAAAGUUGAAAGGGAAAGCGACGAUUCACAUGUGUUGACUUCCCUUGCCAACCAUAGAAGAGUUGAAAGCAACAAUUCCAACGGGACGACUUCACUCUUCAGUCAUUCUAGGAUCAAUGUUGAAGGGGAAAGCGACGAUUCCAAUGGGACGACUUUGCUUCCCAUCCACGAAAGAGGCGAAAGUAACGAAUCCAAUGGGACGACUUCGCUUUAUGGUCUUGAAAAAGAGAGUGACGAAUCAGAUGUAAUGACUUCAAUUCGCAAUCGCAAAAGAGUCAGAAUUGAAAGCGAUGAUUCCGACUCGACGACUUCACUUCCUAGUCAUUCUAGGGUCAAAGUUGAAAGAGAAAGCGACGAUUCCGACCCGACGACUUCACUUCCUAGUCAUUCUAGGGUCAAAGUUGAAAGAGAAAGCGACGAUUCCGACUCGACGACUUCACUUCCUAGUCAUUCUAGGGUCAAAGUUGAAAGAGAAAGCGACGAUUCCUACCCGACGACUACACUUCCUAGUCAUUCUAGGAUCGAAGUUGAAGGGGAAAGCGACGAUUCCGAUGGGACGACUUUGCUUCCCAGCCAUGAAAGAGGCGAAAGUAACGAAUCUAAUGGGACGACUUCGCUUCACGACUUUGGAAGAGAGAGUGGCGAAUCAGAUGUAAUGACUUCAAUUCGCAAUCGUAAAAGAGUCAGAAUUGAAAGCGAUGAAAGAGAGAGCGACGAUUCCAAAACGACAGCUCAUGCAUCGUACAAAUGCGAAACUUGUGGAACGGAUUUCACAACCAGGAAUUUGUUGGCUGACCACAUGUUGACUCAUUCCAGAAAGCCAACCGAGUUCGGUGUAAAAAAUGCGAAGACUAAGACGUCACAAAAACAAGACAAUAAAGGCGGGGGCGUGUGCAAAAUAUGUGGAAAGCAGCUUAAGAGUGCAUGUUCACUAAAAAAACAUGUAAUGUCACACAAAGAGGAAAAACCGUAUUCUUGCUCUACGUGUGGAAAGCGAUUUCUUACGAAGGCAUACGUGGAUCGACACGAACUUAUACACACAGGAAAACGACCACAUUCAUGUAAUAUUUGUCACAGAGCGUUUAACCAGAAAAGUUCUUUAAAAACGCAUAUGAAGAUCCACAUUCCACAUUCAGAAUCAAAUUACGAAUGUGGAAUUUGUGGAAAGAAGUUUCGACACAAAACUAGUUUAAAACCCCAUUACCUGUCUCACACAGAGGAAAGACCGUAUCAAUGUACAUUUUGUGAAAAACGUUUCAAGUCGACCUAUCAACUGAACAAGCACAAACUUGUCCACACCCCAUACUUCGGGACCUGAUCUGCAGAUAAACUGGGAAAGUAUUUCGAAUCUAGAACCAUUGUUUGGAAAAAAUAAUUCUACUUGGUGCGCUGCUCAAUAACCAACAUUGGUUCCACGCGCUUCCAUACUCAGAGAAAUAGUAUUAUUAUCUCAUUUUUUUAUUUCUUUUGGAUUCGUUAUUCACCUGGAAGUUUUGUGCGAUGACGCCAUCAGAAUUUGAAAUGAACAUAAUCUCGAUUGCGAAAAAAUUAUAUAUGCAGACAAGAUUACAAUUUCCGUUUGAUAUGCCUUUGUUUUAAACAAGACGACCAAUAUUGCGGCGUAUUAACUUACUUACAAGAAUACGAUAUGUAAUUUGCUCCUAUAUCUCUGUAAAAAUAUUUAUACAUUAUCGGACUUUGUUGGAAACGAAAUGGAAAUAGAUGGAUCGUUUUAUUAUUAUGUUGUUGUGAAAGAAUCGUUUAUUUCCUCAAAUACUGGACCAAUUGUUUUGAAAUUUUCAGUGGUCAAAAAAUAUCGUUGUUGUCGCUUAAAGAAUAUUACUUUAGAAUCAAAAAUUCAAUUCAAUUUGACGGAAAUUAUUCCUCCUGGGACACGAAUCAAUUCUCUAUUGUAAACUGUUAAUGAACAAUACGGAAAAUACUAGAACAUUGCAAAUUGAACUGCCUUUCCUUUGUCCGUUGGAUAUGUCUUUCUAUUAUUAUCAGAGUCAUAAGUAAGAAUAAUAUAAUUUCCACAAAAUCUUCGUUCGAUUAAGUUUUGUCCGAAAAGGUUAAACGAAUGCUUACAAAUAAAUAAAUUUGCGAUUUCGUGAAGGGACUAUGUUAUUCUUAUUUAUUACUUAUCGAACACUUGCAUUUAAAAAUACCGAAGAAAACUAUCGUUCGCUUUUUACCAUCUGCGCAUGUAUUUCUAAUGGAUAAGCGUGUUAGCAACCACCUGCAUAUAGGAUGAGAAAAUUGUCAAAUUAAUUAUGCGAAUGAAAGAAGUCGACAAAGAGGCUCAACAAUAAAGCACAUCACGACUUUU